AUGAUUUCCAAAUUUCGAAUAAAAUUACUUUUCAAUCUGCUCUAUCUCUCAGAUUUUGUAAACACUUUUAUUGCUUAUCAAUACUAUAAUUUAAGCUUAUUUUCAGGAAUAAAUUAAUUAUUCUUUUUUGCCAUUAUGACCAUUUUAAAGAUUAUAUGUUCUGCUUUAGGAGGGUUCAUAAUAGAUCAUAUCUAAUAUACUGUAAAUAUCUUUUUUAUUAGUUUAUUUUUAACAAUAUUUUCUUAUAUUUAUUUUUUAGGAUAUUGCUGGAAAUUGAUAUAUGAAUAUUUGUAUUUUGCAAUUGGGUUUUAGAUUUUGGCAUAACAAUUUUAAACAAUCAUAAUUUAGACUAUGAUUUCUAAACAUUUUGCUGAAGAAUAAAUACCAAAAUAGAUAGCAUUAUUUAAUUAGUAUGGAUAUGCAGGAAGAUUAGUUUGUGGAAUAAUCACUUUGAUUAUAUAUAAUCAAUUAAAAGAGUUUAAUCAGGUUUCAAUAAAAAAUGGAGAAAUUUCAACACUAAUAUUUUUCUUAUUACCUUUAAUGAUAAUUUUAGGUCUUGCAAUUUGUUUUUAAUGCUCGUUUUCUACUUUUAAAAUUGAUGCAUUUAGUAAAAUACCAGAAUUACAAUUGAUUCCAAUAUAAUCAAAAGGAAAUUUGCUUUAAGCUCUAAAAGAGAUUCUUAAUACAGAUAGAGCAAUAAUUGCAAUUGCUGCAGGUUCAAUAAUGAGUAUAAUUUAGUUGUGGUAAUCAUAUGAAGUUACAUAAUUAUAUCAUAAUUUUAAAAAUGAAAUAAAUUUAUACCUCAUAGAUUCUGAAAAUGGAUAAUUUAUUUUAGGAUUUGCAAUUUAAGAAAGUCCAAUAAUUAUUUGUAAAUAAAUGUCUUUGAUUUGUUAGCAAUAAUAUUUGCAAGAUAUAUAGGCAAAAAUAUCUAAUAAUAGGAUAAUGCAUUAAAAUAUUUAACAGAAAAAACAACAAAUUCUUUAAUGUAUUUUUUAUUAAGUACUUUGUAACUAACAUGUUCGAACUGUCUCUUGAGUUUAAGAGUCUUCUUUUUUAUUAUCACAAUAAUUAUGCAGCAAUACAUUUUCACAGUUGUUUCAGUAAAAAGAUUUUUAGAUUAUAGAUAUCAAGUGCAAGCUUGAUUGGUAUUCAAAAAUAAAAUUUUAGAACUUAAGGAAUGUCAUUUGGUUUACUUUAAAUGUUCAUUAAUAUAUUUAAUAUUUGGGUGAUAACUGUUAUGAUUUAAUUGCCUUAAAUAAAUUGUAAUAAAUAAAUUUUUAGGUAAUAGCAACUGUAAAAUUGACAAUAAUUUAUGGAUUUGCUUUUUUUUAUUGUAUAAUUGGAAUAGUCUUAAGUAGAAUGUUAUAAUUUGUUAAGUAAUACAAUGAGGCUAUCAAAUAAGAAAAUUAGAAUUCAAGAAAACAGAUUUUUAUUAAAUGA